UUACAUAACACAGUGCAUUUUUUUUAUUUCAUAAAUAAACUAUUUGAACAAGUACUAUUUAACAAGUAUUUCGAACAAAAUAGAGUAAAAUUCAGUGCGUCUACAUGAAUUUGCAUUAACUAUUAUGUUACAUAAUUGAAAUUUGUGAACAAUGCAUUCACUACGCACACUUUUAGCGCUUGUGUGUACCCGCCGCACCAGCUGAUCGCAGAGAAUCGUGCUUUUGUUGUCAUGCUAAUAUGCUAUGCUAAGCUACUACCCAUUUCUCUAUAUGGGGAUACUUGAAAGUUAAAAUAGCGCUUCGAAUCGUGAAAUUACGAGUGUCUUAUGCCUAAUUUAUUCUUUUUUUGAUACAUUUUCCAAAUGAGCAAAGAAAUUUUCUCUGAAGAAAGACUGAAAGCAAAGUUAAAAAGUUGCUUUGGGCACAAUGAUUACAAGAGCGAUUUGCAGAGAAAAGCCGCGGAAGCUGUUUACAAAGGUACAAAGGAUGUUUACAUCUGCAUGCCAACAGGAUCUGGAAAAUCCUUAUGCUUUCAGCUACCUGCGGUCGCGAGAGAAAAUUCUUUUGCGAUUGUUAUUUCACCCUUAAUCGCACUUGUCAAGAAUCAAGUUGAUUUUUUGACAAGUAAGAACAUUUCAGCUCAAGCUUUUAACAGCAAAACACCCAAAGCUCAGAGACAAGCCAUAAAAAGUGAUAUGUUAUCAUCUAAGCCAAAAAUGAAAUUGUUAUAUGUAACUCCUGAAUUAUGCGAUACAUCAUCUUUUCAGAAUUUGUUGUGUCAAAUUAAGCCAAAAGUAUUGUCUUAUUUUGUGAUUGAUGAAGCUCAUUGUCUUAGCCAAUGGGGGCAUGAUUUUAGGCCCAGUUAUAGAAAGCUUAUUCAGUUGCGUGACAAAAGACCAGAAGUACCAAUAAUUGCUCUAACUGCCACUGCUGCCAAAGAAGUCAAAGCAGAUAUUUUCAAAACUUUGAAAAUGGAUCAACCUUUAGUAUUUACUGUACCAGUGUUUAGAUCAAAUUUAUUUUAUGAUGUUUUCUUCAUUGAUUCUAUUCCUGAUCCUCUGGAACAUUUAAAACAAUUUAUAAAACAAUCUCUUGGUUCCCAUAGUGAUUCACUACCUAAGGAUAAAAGAAAUUGUGGAAUUAUUUACUGUAGAAAAAAAGAAACCUGCGAAACUUUGGCAAUGAAAUUGACUUCAAUGGGAAUUAAAACAUUAGCUUAUCAUUCAGGUUUAAAAAGUAAAGAACGAAUUGAAGUCCAAGACUCUUGGACCUCUGGAAUAGUUUCUGUUAUUGCUGCUACAUGUAGUUUUGGGAUGGGUGUUGAUAAAGCAACAGUUAGAUUUGUUUGUCAUUGGACUGUGCCUCAAACUGUUGCUAGUUAUUAUCAAGAAUCAGGAAGAGCAGGUAGAGAUGGGAAGAAAUCUUAUUGCAGGGUAUACUUUAGUCGUGAAGAAUACAAUGCAAUUAGUUUUCUAUGUCAAAAUUCUGUUGAUGAAGAAAUGAACACAUCUCAAUUUAAAAGUCGUCAGGAGUACCAGCAAAAUAAAUUGAAAUCAUUCAAACAAAUUGUUGAUAGUUUUACUGGAACAAAAUGUCGACAUGCUCUUUUUUCAAAAUACUUUGGAGAUCCAGACCCUAAAUGUAUAGACAAAUGUGAUGUUUGUAAAAGUAAAGAUGCCGUUAAAGAAAAAAUUUCAAAAUUUGAGGGUUCGCAACAAUUCAAUAAACCAAGAGCUAGAAAAUAUGACCACUUAGAUAGUUUUGGUUUGGACAAAUAUGAUGGGAUGGACAAGGGAUCAUACGAUGAUGAUGAUGGAGGAUAUGGAGAAAGUAGGGAACAGCUGGAAAAAAAAGCUAAAGCUGAAGAAAAACAACUUAUAAAAGAUCAGUUUAAGGCACGAGGGGGUGGAAAACCAAAAGAAAAUGACAUUAGAAAAAUGAAUCUGGAAUUAGCAAAAGAAGCCCGUGUUAUUGCAGCUGAAAGUACUGAUAUUAAAAUUAAGGGAUUGACAGUUAGCGUUCGAGAACUCUUUGUAGACAAGAUUCAUUCAUGUCUAUGGACAAAUUAUCAAACUUGUGCUAGUGAAUGUAAAGAAUACUUUAAUGAAAAUGAUAUUGUUCAAAAAGCCUGUAAAAUUGAAUAUAGUAUUAUUUGCAGUACAAUAGCUAUUUCAAGAUAUAGAUUCUUAAUGACACAAAAGAUAACACAAAUUCAAGCAGCAACAAAAAAUAACAAGCUAUGCAAUGAUUUAAAACCAUGCCUUGAAGUUUCAAACAAAAUUCAAGAGAGUGCUAGCUGUUUAAAUAUAAAAAAAGAUGGCCCAGAAUGUGGAGGAUUUAUGACGGCAUUUGAAAUGGAAAAAAGUAGAAAUAAACAAAUUUCUGAUCAUAUAUCUUCAGAAAUACCUGAAAAAGAUGAUGAUUUAUCCAAAAUAUCAUUUAGCAAUGGUAUGCAGAAAACAUUAAAAAGUGAAGAUAGUGAAUCUAAAUUCUCACUUUCCGAAUCAAUGACUAAAAUGAAUCAAAAUGGUUUUACAACUGCAUUGCAAUUUAAAAGAGACAAUCCUACAUAUUCGUUGGAAAAUCAAAAUAAAGAUUGUUUUGAAUCAUCUUUGCAAAAAGAUGUAAUCAAAUUUGAGCCAACAUCUCCAGAAACAAUGAAAUAUUCAAAGAAAGAUAAUUCUUAUCUAAGUACAAAAAAUGUGUCUUCCUUGCAUUGCAAUAAAGUUGUUGAGAAUUCGUGUGAAAGUUUUGCAGAUUCAAUGAAUGUUGAACAAAAAAUAGAAUUUUCUGAUGAAACUCGCAUGUCAAAUAAAAAAAUCAAAGUUAUACCAGCAGGUUGUGAUAGCUUUAAAUCAGCCUUACAAAUUUCAAAUUCCAAAACUGAAAACAAGCAAAAAUCCAAAAAAAAGCCCAUUUCUCGGUCAAUUACAGAUUUUUUUAAAACUAAUUCAGAAAAAUCAAAUUCAUCAUCAACUAAAGCAAAAGAGAGUACCAUGGUAACAGUAAAGAAUGAAGAAAAAAGUUUAGAUAUACUACAAUCAUCAAAAGAAUAUGAAUAUAAAAAAAGUGAGUUCGACAUUUUAAAAACUGAUGAAAGAUCCUCUACUAAUAAAUUAGAAAUUGCCGAAAAAUCAACGAUAGAAAAUAAAUUUAAAGUUGAAAACAUUAGAAAAAAUCAAUCUAGCACGUUCAAAUUAAAAGUUCCUACUAAAUGUAAGUUAGCCUCAGAUUAUACCGAUCUUUUUGGCCCAAGCAGCCCAGACGGAAGCAGUCAGAGUAAUAAUCACCAAAAAUAUAAAGCUUCUGAUAAAGGAGCAAAAUUAAUGGAUAAAAAUACAUAUAAAGCUUCUGAUAAAGGAGCAAAAUUGCUGGAUAAAAAUACACAUGAAGCUUCUGAUAAAGGAGCAAAAUUACUGGAUAAAAAUAUACAUAAAGCUUCUGAUAAAGGAGCAAAAUUAAUGGAUAAAAAUAUACAUAAAGCUUCUGAUAAAGGAGCAAAAUUACUGGAUAAAAGUAUACACAAAGCUUCUGAUAAAGGAGCAAAAUUACUGGAUAAAAAUGCAGAUACUUCGAAGCGUAAUAAACGUUCCUAUUCAGAUAUAAAAGAAACUGAAGACCCUAAUGAAUCAUCACAACAAUCGAAACGUCCAAAGAUGCCUCAUGAAAAAGCGUCAACUAAAUCCCCUGAAUCUGUAAAAGUUCAUAGAAAAACUUUCUACAUAUUAAAACCGAUAGUACAAGAAUAUUACAUUAGUGAGUACAUACCAGAUCAUUCUAAAUUUAAAGAUAUUUUUCGAAAAAUUCAUUUGGAUGUAUUAGAAAAAAAAAUAUAUGAUACAGAGAGAAUACGGGAUUUAGCCGUCAGAAGAAUCAAAUCAAAAAAGUAUCUCAAAAAUUGAACAGAUGAGAGUGUACUUGCAUUGUAAAUAUUAACGUUCAUGUAAAUACAACUGCUUAUUAUGUAGGAAACAGUACAAAAAAAUGUUAUAAGUUUUAGAUACUAAAAGCUCUUACAAACUCGAAAAUUUUCAAUAAUUUUCAAGUGUAUGUAAAUAUUCUUCGUAAAUCAUGUUUAGUUCAUUGUGUUUGUGAUUUCUAAUAAGUUUUGAAAUCAACAUGUGACGCCACGUAAUCAAUGUUUAUUCAGAUUGUGAAAACUAUUAAAAAAAUGUAUUAUAUUUUGUUAUCAUCACACCAUGAAAAUCUAAGUAAUGGAAAACAGUAGAUGAACAGGUACAAGCUGUUCAUAUUUUUUAUAACCAUACAUCGUAGACGCUAUAUAAUUAU